UACAACACAUCUACAUCUACACAAUGAGCAGAUCCCCCAUAUUCCAGAAGCUCCGAAGUCCGAACUGAACCGACUACGAACUUCUAUUUUCCUCUAGAGUCUAGACUGAGAGAAGAAACCAACAAAUUCUAUUUUUCCCAAAACCCAAAUUCUUCUCUUCAUUUAAAACCCUAAAUUAUACUCCACAAAAACGAAAUCAAACCAAAAAAAAAAUCUUCUCCCAGAAACGGAAAGAUGUUUUUCUUCUUUGUUGGAGGAUUAGAGCAACAAGUUCGUCAGGUAUUAAAGACCGGAGCCGGUAAAUGCAUCAUGUGUGGAUCUAGAGCUGAUUUAGUAGACUACGAGAAAGUACUAAAAUUGUUCUUUGUACCAGUAUGGCGUAAACCUGGCAAAGAACCACUUAUGCACUGUACUAAUUGCUCUCUCUUUUUUCCACCUCUUCAAGAAUCUCCCUCUCCUUCUCUGCCCGAUGUCUUGCGAUGUCAUUCUUGUGCUCGUGUUGUUGAUCCUCAGUUCAAUUUCUGCCCCUUUUGUGGUUCGUCUCUCUAAAUCUCUCGUUAAUUUGCAUAUGUAAUGUGUCCGUGUGCUUUGGUUUGUCAGGGUUUGUAAUCUUCGCUUUUCAAUGUGAAUACAAUGAAAUGAAAUGAAAUUCUGCUUGAUAUGUAGUAAUUGCAA